AGCUUCGGCCAACUUGCGAUGACGAAGGAAUCCCAGGCGCUGAUGGGGCUUUACCACGGGCAGGUGCGCUGCAAGAAGAACAAGUUUGGGACACCUCAGCGAGAGGUCAAGACCCUGGCGGUGCUGGGAGCAGGACUGAUGGGAGCUGGGAUCGCACAGGUUUCGGUGGACAAGGGCAUGAAGACCAUUCUGAAGGACACAGCGCAGAAAGGCUUGGACAGAGGACAGCAGCAGGUCUUCAAGGGGCUGAACGACAAGGUGAAGAAGAAAAGCCUGACAUCCUUCGAGAGAGACUCCAUCCUCAGCAACCUGACGGGCCAGCUGGACUACAAGGGCUUCGAGAAGGCAGACAUGGUGAUCGAGGCGGUGUUCGAGGACAUCAACAUCAAGCACAAAGUGCUGAAGGAAGUGGAGGCCGUGAUCCCUCCUCACUGUGUCUUCGCUAGUAACACGUCUGCCCUCCCGAUCCGCCAAAUUGCUGCUGCUAGCCAGAGGCCAGAGAAGGUGAUUGGGAUGCACUACUUCUCCCCCGUGGACAAAAUGCAGCUGCUGGAAAUCGUCACCACGGACAAAACAUCCCAGGACACGGCUGCUUCCGCUGUUGCUGUCGGCCUCAAGCAAGGCAAGGUCGUCAUCGUGGUAAAGGAUGGGCCUGGCUUCUACACCACCAGGUGCCUGGGGCCGAUGCUGGGAGAAGUGGUUCGAGUUCUCCAGGAGGGCAUUGACCCAAAGAAAAUAGACGCCAUCUCUACGGCCUUCGGCUUCCCCGUGGGUGCUGCCACGCUGAUCGACGAGGUGGGAGUCGAUGUGGCCACACACGUGGCCGAGGACCUCGGCAAGGCCUUUGGCGAGCGCUUCGGAGGAGGCAGCAUCGAGUUGUUCAAGCUCAUGGUGGAAAAAGGCUUCUUAGGUCGCAAGGCAGGGAAAGGCUUUUACGUUUACCAGGAGGGGGUGAAGAACAGGAGCGUGAACUCCGGCAUGGAUGAGAUCUUGGCGCGGUUCAAGAUGACGGCCAAACCUGAAGUCUGCACCGAUGAGGACAUCCAGAUGCGCUUGGUGACCAGGUUUGUGAACGAGGCAGCCAUGUGCCUGCAGGAAGGGAUCCUCAGCGACCCCGUGGAGGGGGAUAUUGGUGCUGUGUUCGGCUUGGGCUUCCCACCAUGCCUGGGAG